CACCCCCUCACUGCCUUCCUGCAGCUUAGGACUUGUCCGGCCUUGGUUGUGGGCUAAUUUGUGAGCUAUGCCACGGUCGGCAUCCCUAGCUCCCUGUCGUAGCGCCUUCCGUACAUCAUCAUGGCCUGCAUAGCUGCUGCAUAUACCCUGACCAACUUGUUCCUGCUGCCCGAGUCUCCACGCUGGCUGGUGCGGCGCGGUCGCACAUCUGAUGCGGAGAGGGUCUGGGAUCUCCUGGGGGUCAAACGCGAGGACCGCGAAGUAGAACCUGAAGAUGCCCCCAUCCAGGGUUCGGCUUUUGCCAUCCAGGACCCCACCCAGCCGGAAGCAAAGACUAAGAAGCACGCGGGUUUCCGUGACCUGUGGAAGAGAAAUGUGCGGAAGCAAGCCUUCCCCGCCGUCUUUCUGAUGGGUUUCUUACAGCUUCGUGAAAUCGAUGCCUAUGCCCCUAUGAUAUUUCAGCAAGCAGGCCUCAAAUCUCAAGAGGCCUCGUUCUUGGCCUCAGGAGUGUCUGCUAUUGUCAUUCUCGUGACAGGUAUUCUGGCCACACUCUACGCUGACAAAUGGGGUCGGAGAACGAGUACACUCGUGGGCGGACUUGGUCUCACCGCUACCAUGGUCCUAAUCAGUGGACUCUACGCUGGCCAGCAAGUGGUCAUUGUUACAAUUUACAUCUACUGUGUUAUCCAGGCCACGACAUGGGCUAUCAGCAUCAAGGUUUGGGCUCCCGAGAUACAAACCCAGCACACGCGGGCACAGGCCACGAGCCUUGCGUCGGUAAGCUUUAACUGGGUCUGCAACUUCAUUAUGGCAUUCAUUUGCCCUAUCUUUCUGGCCAAGAGUGCACCAAGCGCCUACCUCUUGUUCGGCAGAUGCACAGCCGUUGGUACCAUCGUCAGCUUCUUUUACAUGGUGGAGACUAAGGGCAAGUCGCUCGACGAAAUCGAGAGGGCUUUCAAAAAGCGCCUUCUAGCGGCAGAUAUCAUGAUAGCGCGGCCUAGUCUACCACGCUGUCAAAUAGACUGA